GGCGGGAGCGGCCGCGGCGCUGCCCCUCUCCAAGAUGGCGGCGGCAACCUCGGCGCGUUCUCCACGCUCUCUCCUGCGCAGGCUCCGGGGACCCCCCUCCAAGAUGGCGGUUAUGUCGUAACUCCGAGACGAACGCAGUGAUGGAAUCACUGGAUACCGAGGUGAAGGCACGAAAGACUCUGGGAACUGUUGAGUAUGUUGAGUCUUCAGGCUUCACCCAGGGAAUCCUGCCGACGAAGAAGGAUGUGGUUCAGAACAUGCUGUACCUGUUGCAGCCCAAAAGAGCUGGCCAGGCCCAGCGGUCCAAAGAGGAUGCGGCUCAGCUGCUUGCAGAGCACCUGCAAGAGCACUGGUUGGUUUGCAACUUGCAUACCAUCGGAACGCAAAGCAUAAAGAAACUUAUCCUCAAAAUGUACGAGGAGUUUACCAGAUUGUACCAGACCAGAAAGCAGAGGCAGAACCAGGCUUACACAGAGAGAGCGGACAAAUUCAACGAGAGUUCUGAGAAGCUCUUUGACAUCUUUUGUACAGACACGCACAUGAGAAAUAAGCUGGAGGAAUGCAGCGGGAUAAAAAUGACUGGCAUCGAGUUGAAGUUUCUUGAAGAUCAAAGAAGCGAAAGAAAAAUGUACUAUGAAGACUUCACAGACAAGCAGGAGCUGAAAAUGAUGGAAAGAAGACAAAAGAUACAGUGUCUGGAGCACUUCAGAAAGCUCGCCAGGGAAGAGAAGGAAGGCAACAAAGCGAAGGGAACGGCGUACAAAACCGAGGAGCAGUUGGAUGAAGGCACGAGCGUGGAUGAGGUCUAUCCUGUGGAGGAGGAGAACGGCGGGGCUCCAGCCUUCUCGCUGAGGGGCAGAAGGAAGCGCCGGUGCACGGCAUGGGCGGCCGGUGCCGCGACUCCUGCCAGCGAUGCCAUGCCCCUGGAGUGCCAGCAUAUACGGAUGAGCAUCAGGAGAGUUAGGCCUGGGUUCUACGAGACUGUGGAGAAGGUAGAAAACUGCUAGUGUAUGCCGUGGUCAGCAAGCAGAGCUGCUGGAGUACAGGGUGGCAAUACACACGUUAGGCAAGUUUGAAAUCCCACAAUCAAUUGGAAGCGAUUGUUUGAGAUCCCCAGCCAGAGCUCAGGAACAUCCGGGCAGGAACGCUGGGACAGCAGCGGCGGCAAGGACUAAAACACAUGAACUUGGAAGGAUAAGUAAUCAUCAACUCACGGUGCGAAGGCUCAAACGUAGCAGACGAUCUCAGUUUAUAUAGCGUGUAAGCCUCUUCUUCCAAGGUCUUGUCUACAUCAGUGGGUUUUUGGAAGUCUCUCACCAUUUCUGAGCCAGUGGUGGCCUAACAGAACUCCGAUUUACUGCAGGGAAAUAACUUGGACUUGUUGCUGAUGGAAAAUUAAUGUGCUGAAAAGCCCUAACUCCUGCUGAUUUCAGUGGGAGGGAAGGUCGCUCAGCCCCUUUCAGCAGAAUUGGCAUUUCUGCAAGGAAGGAAGCGAGUUUUCAUGUGUAUUACUCAGUCCCAGAGAGGCGUCCUGUGACUUCAUAAAGGGAUUGCUCUCCUUCUUGAGGAGGAGAAGAGAGAUCAGGAGCUGUCUGAGUGCUUUGGCUGUAAAAACAUUGAUGAUUCUGAAUAUUUUAUACUGGAUUCUAUGUUGACGACGUUUCCUUGAUCAGGAUAAACCUUCCUGCAAUUGAAUGAGUUUUAAUAUAAAAAUCUUUAAGCUAGGAUCAGAGAUGUGAAUCCUAAAUGAACUGAUAGUUUUAUCUUCCUGGGGAGAGGGGGGUGGUAUUAAGAUAGAGGAAAAGAUGCAAAUUGCAUUAUUUAGUUUAAUAUGGGAAAAACUUUAUAAAAUAUUAUCCUGGCGUCUUAGGAUAUAGGGAAGAAGCAAUCUUCCCGUGUGUAGCUGUGGUAUUUGCAGCAAAAGGCUCCUUAAUUUGGACUUGCUUUUCCAUCCCCUGUAGGUACGUGCUGACCAGCAGAGUGGAAAUGUAGUUUUCCACCAAGAGUUUAUUUGAGAGAAGUAUAAUCCUCUUGCCCAUGUGUAUCUUAAGCAGUGACAUGUCUGGUUUUAGAUAUAUGCAGUACGAGGGUAUCUGCUGUUUUUAGUUACGGUUGCUUUACUGGUUUUUAAGUACGAGAGUUGAAUUUGUACAAAACCCAGCACUGGAGGGUCUCCCUGCUGAGAUUCCCAGACCUUGCCAGAUUACAUUUAAAAAACAAACAAACAAAAAAAGCAGCAAGUCUCUGUCCUCAGAAACACUCUGAUAGAAAGAGCUCAAACUUGCCUGGUUUUCAAAUUUACCUUUCAGUGUGAACAUUUCCCCACUCCAGUAUCUCAGCUUUACCCCAUUUCUUUCCUCAAUGUCCUGCAUAUCAUUUUACUGAUUAUUAACUCGCACUGUUUCAUUCUUUAGCUUUUGCUUCCUUUAACAAUAAAUGCAUGUACAAAUAAUUUUGACAGUUCCUGUUACUUUGAUGAAACGGUUCUUGGACCGCUUUGAAGUCCUAUGCCAAAGGAGGAAUGAAACACAAAUCAAGCUGCUGUUGAAAUUUAGGUGCAGCAGAGCUAGGAAGCAGAGGAGGCAGCAGCAGCCUUUGGCCCCGCUGCGUAGUCAGGCUCCAGCUGCAUCCACCUUGUCCCUCCUGAGGACGGAUCUGCCCGGCUCUGAGCAGUACAUCAGCUUCCCAGUGAACUUGCUCGUUAGUAAUUGCCGGGAUCCUUAUUGUGUGUCUGACGAGUUCUUGGUAAGUUGCUCCAAAAUAUUUAGUGAACUCCAUGUAUUCUGCAUCACUUUAGUGUCGCUACAGGUUUGAUAGCAUGUACCCGCGUUCUGCAGCACCCCUCAGCCUCCUCUGCUUGAGAGAUUGCAGCCCUCUCCUCUCUGACGUGCUUCACUGACUUCCCCUUGCAAAUUAUGUCACGUUGAAACUAUUUGCCUUCCGGCCCUGAGAUGCUGGACUCUAGCCUCUCACUGGGCUUCUACACCAGCAGCUCUGUUUCAGCAGGGAAUAUAGCCAAGCUCGGACCUCGCAGAAUUAGAAUUUUUUAAAUAACUGCUGUAAACCCCCCUUUGUAUUACAGAUAUAGCUGAUGUUAUAAUUGCUAAUGUGUAAAGUAAACCCGACAGGGCUGAACAGAAUACGGAACACAGCUGUGUAGUGCUUUACGAUUUUCAGGGAUUCAGGGAAUUUAAGGUUGUCAAAUCUGACUUCCCGUAUACCACAGGGAACUGCAUUGCAUUCAGAAGCCCCAUGCUCAGCCUGCCAGUUUCAGUUCAACUGACGUGUCUUACGGAACGCCGAGGUGAAGAAGUCAGAAGUCUGCUGUCUUCCUCAGUGAUCCACUUGUUUGUCACCUUAGCUGUUUUCAGAGAGAAAAAAAAAGACCGUCUUGUAGGCUGUGAUUCGUUUCAUGACAUCUUGUACAGGCUGAGCAGUGUUUAUUGCAUUUAAAUCAUGUUUGUUUCUUAACUGGGUUUGACUGUGGAUAGAGCCAAAGCCUGGCUCUGUUUCUGCUGCAACAGGGGGAAGAUUUCUAUAAUGAUGUAUUCUGAUUACUCUUCAUUGGGACCAUGGUGCCUUUUUAAUCAGGACAGUAAAUCUUGUCCCAGGAUUCUGUACUUUUGUACGUUAACGGUUGUUGACUUUCCUUUUUUGG